AUGGCUACUAGCGAUAUCAUCACACGAGCGCGAGAGUUCAUCUCCACGCCUUUCACAGCCGCGUUCUGCGCCGGAGGCGUUGCAGGGGCUGUUUCACGCACCGUUGUCUCCCCUUUAGAGCGGUUAAAGAUAUUAUAUCAAGUGCAAAGCGCAGGUCGUAAUGAAUACAAAAUGUCCAUUCCCAAGGCUUUGGCCAAGAUGUACAGAGACGAAGGCUGGAGAGGCUUCAUGAGAGGGAAUGGUACCAAUUGCAUACGCAUCAUACCAUAUUCGGCAGUGCAGUUUGGGAGUUACAACGUCUACAAACGCUUUGCCGAACCUUCACCGGGAGCCGACCUCGACCCAAUCCGCCGAUUGAUAUGUGGUGGUUUGGCCGGCAUCACAUCUGUCACUUUCACAUAUCCGCUUGAUAUUGUGCGGACGCGCCUCUCGAUCCAAUCAGCUUCCUUUGCUGCUUUGGGGAAACAUGAGGGUCAACUUCCGGGAAUGUGGCAGACUAUGGCCACAAUGUACAAGAAUGAAGGGGGUUUUCUUGGUCUUUACCGAGGGAUUAUCCCCACCGUCGCCGGUGUCGCACCCUAUGUUGGUCUGAACUUCAUGGUAUACGAAUCAGUGAGGAAAUAUUUCACCGAACCUGGUGAGAAGAAUCCUGUCUGGUACCGGAAACUUGCUGCUGGAGCGAUAUCUGGAGCCGUUGCUCAGACAUGCACCUACCCAUUCGACGUCCUUCGCCGACGUUUCCAGAUCAACUCAAUGUCCGGCAUGGGAUACCAGUAUAAGUCAAUAUGGGAUGCCAUACGGACCAUCCUCGCGCAAGAAGGGAUUCGGGGACUCUUCAAGGGAAUCCUUCCCAACUUGUUGAAAGUGGCCCCUAGCAUGGCGAGUAGCUGGCUAAGUUUCGAGAUAGCUAGAGACUUCCUCGUUGGACUUGCCCCGGCCAAGCCAGAUCCCAUAUAA